GCGUGCGCGGGAGUGCGCCGGCCUGCGUCUUGGUAUUUAGUAGAUACUGAGCCGGCGCUGGCGUGUAAGGGACAGGUGUGGCCCGCGCUGCUUAGUGGUGGCGUGAUUACUAACGCAAGCUCCCUCCCCGGGCUGGGAGGGCGACUUCUGCGGCUCCUCUGAACUGGCUCCUGGGUGUGACUGAACCCAGCCCUGGCUGGGAGCGGUGUUUGCAGUCUCUUGGGUGCCUGAAUAUUGGCUCUGCGUCUGAAGCUCCUGAAACUUUUCUCACUGCAUAUAUUUGUAUAUAGUACACAAGUGCUUAGCCCAAGUAUGAGAAUUAUUGGAAUCCUCUGAUAAGACAAAUUUGAACUGCAGUGGGAGCUCUGUGUAGGAAGAUGCAGCCUUUGAACAAGUUGACGGCUAUCUCAAAACCUCAAAACCUGGCUCCUCAUGAACAAAGUGAGGUCCUGAGAGCAGAUGUGUCUUGGCAGCAGGAAUGCAUCCCAGUCGUGGAGACAGAUGACUGUGAAGCCUCUCGUCUAAAGUUCAGACAUUUCCAGUAUUUGGAAGUGUCUGGGCCUCAUGAAGCCCUGAGCCAACUCUGGGAGCUCUGUCUUCAGUGGCUGAGACCAGAAAUUCAUACAAAGAAGCAGAUCCUAGAGCUAUUGGUACUGGAACAAUUCCUGACAAUUCUCCCUGAAGAAGUCAGGACUUGGGUGAAUUUACAACAUCCAAAGAACAGCAAAGAAGUGGUGAGCCUCAUAGAGGAUGUGAUUGAUAUGCUUAAGGAUGAAGGUAUAACCUGCAAGGAUUCUGCCCUACUCCAGAAGGGGAGCGUCAAGAAAGAGAAAAUGGAAGCUGACUCACUAACAGGCAAAUCCCAGGAACCAGUGACAUUCAAAGAUGUGGUUGUGGAAUUCAGCAAGGAAGAGUGGGGGCAACUGGACCCUGCUGUAAAGAACCUGUACAGGGAUGUGAUGCUGGAGAACUAUAGGAACCUGAAUUCAUUGCAUAAAGAGCAUCUACUUUCCAAACCAGUUGAGACCUCCAGGUUGGAGAGUAAGGAAAAAAGUUGGAUAAUGGAGCAAGAAAUUCUAAGAACAGCUGUUUUUGACAGAGAGAUAAUUUCAGAAAAUCAGGAUUUAGUUCCAAAGCAGAGAAUUUCUGGAGAAGAAUCAUCCCAUGCAGUGAUUAUGACAAGACUGACUGAAAGUGGACAUCCUCCUUUAGAUGCCUCGAAAAGUGAUGAUUGGUUAUAUAAGAACCAGGAACACUGGGACAUAAAUUUGCCACAAGAAGCUUUCGUUCAUAAUGCAGUCUACACUGAGGAGGGAGACUUUGAAUAUAGUGAAAAUAAGGAAAGUUUUGAUGUUAAGUCAGUUAACUCAACUUUUGACACACAGCAGGGAGUUCCUAUGGGAGAGGGUUCCCCAAAGUGUGAUCAGCUUAAAACUAACUUCGAAUUUAAUUUAGACUCAGUAGGUAAGCAACAUUCAGAAUAUAACGGAUGUGGGAAUGCCUUGAACUUGAAUACAGAUACUCAGCACCCAAAAAGUCAUGCCACAGUGAAUUCCUAUGAAUGUUAUCAAUGUGGGAAGGCCUUCAGCCGCAGUUCGUCUCUUGUUCGACAUCAGAUCAUUCACACAGGAGAGAAACCCUAUAAAUGCAAUGAAUGUGGAAGAUUCUUCAACCGACGUACAAACCUUACUAAGCAUCAAAAAAUUCACACUGAAGCAAAGGCCUCCGAAGGCAAUAAAUAUGUAAAACUCCUCAGUCAGCCUGAAGACAGUAAUAAAAAUCCAAGACUCUGUUCUGCAAAUAAUCCCUAUGAAUGUGUUAACUGUGGCAGAUCCUUCACCCGAAGCUCCUCACUUAUUCGACAUCAAGUGAUUCAUACAGGAGAGAAACCAUUCAAAUGUAAGGAAUGUGAGAAAACCUUCAACAGGAGUUCAAACCUCAUUAAACACCAAAAACUUCAUACUUGAGAGAAGUCCUGUGACAGGAAGAAUGUGGGAUUAUCUUCAGUCAGAACUCAUUCAAAGUCCAUGAAUUUAUUCUGGAAGGAAUCCCGUGAAUAUAGUAAAUGAAAGAAAAUGUUUGUCGGAGAUUAUUCUUUGAUAUGACUGAAUUAAUAUGGAGAUAAAUCUGUUAUUGGAUAGAAAUCUGAGGGAGCUUUUCCAGGCUUCAAAUGAAGUCAUAAGGGUUCGGAGUUAAACAUAUCAACAUGAUAGUGUUUGUCUGUCAUUAUUCCGAUAUCCAUUACCAUCAUCUUUCCCUAGUUCAUAAAUGGAACCUAUAGAAUACUUAUAUUCACCUGACCUAUUGAUGAAGUAGAUAUUACGGAGGAGCCAAGCAAUACCCUUGGAGUUGACAUCUAAUAAAACUCAAACUUUCAGUCCUUAUAAGAAGGUCACAAAAAACCAGGAACUCACAAGAAUAUAUCCAUAGAAGGACACUUCUAAGGACUGACUCUGAAUUAAUGGCGAAGACCACAGUGACAGCCAAUUACUUCACACCUAGUAAUAUCCUUAGGUGUCCUGGUGUGGAGCGGGGACUGGAAUUGGACUGCAAUGGUGGGUGGAUGUGUUGUUAAUCUACAUGUAUUCUCAAUAUCUGCAUUUGUUGAAGUACUGUUUGGGAUCUAGGCUUGAGAGGCAUCCAUAGCCUUGGGCUGUCAUUUAUCCCAAACAGUAAAAGGUGAACAGAGUGUCCUAAUACUCGGUGUACCAGAACUGCCUCUUUUUUCUGUAAGCUACAUCAGCAUCCCAAAGGGUUCUUGAGACAAAAUGUUUAUCUUAAUUUGCCCCCA